UUAUCUAGAAAGGGUGAAAUAUUUACAUGUAAUAAAAUGUACCUUAUAACAUCUUAUAUAAUGUAUUGCGAAGGCUAUAUAAAAAACGAAUAGUAUAAAAUCUACUACAAUUUAUUUUAAUUAUGUAUUUUAAUGCGCUUACUUAUUACAACUCUAUACGAUUCUAUAAAUCGAGAAUUUUACUUUUAUAUUUACUUGAAAACUCGAAAAUACGAUGAUUGUAGUCUUAGUGAUCGUAGAUCCGAUCUCGAUUUAAAUUCCAACUAAAAAAUAAUUCGUUGAUAGUAAAUAGAUUUUUUACGGGUAAUAUAUUGUACAUACAUACGUGUAUGCGUGUAAAUGCAAACUAUGCGACAUGACUUAGCCUUCCCUCGUCGUCAUGGACACACCGAAGAAAACAAAGUUAGCCGAGACUGCUAGAGGAACGAGCACGUGAGCAUCUGUCAUUUUCAAGGUGUUUUCUUUUCGUUCGAAUAUUUCGUUAUAAUUUUAAAUGGCAUCAAAAGUUACCGAAUAGAUAUGUUAUAUCAUUUUUUGUUUACUAUUGCGAAAAAUUAUUUUAGCGAAGAAAAUGAUAGGGAAUCAGCGUUGCGUGUAUCAAUGGAAAAAGAAAAAAAUCGUAAGACGGAUCCUAAGGAGACUCAUGAGAGGUCUAUUAUCAUCGUUGGUAGUAAAAGCGUUGGGAAAACUACGAUGGUAAAUCGAUUUCUUGAAAAGGACGAAAAACCGAAGCCGACAAUUGCAAUGGAGUAUUCUUUUGGCCGAAAAGCUGGUAAGAGUUUGGUGAAGAACAUAGUUCACGUGUGGGAAAUUGGCUAUGUAUCUUCUUCUUUAAUUUCCGCCGCUAUGAGUGGAUCGGCCUUAACUCAUUCGCCGCAUCACACGACGCUCUUGAUGAUGUUGGAUUUAUCGAAACCGGAAGUAUUAUGGAUCACCUUCGAGGACAUUUUAUCGGCUGUACGAAGUGCAUUAAAGAUGAGUCACAAUUCGAAACUCAUUAACGAGAUGAUCGAGUACAGAACGAGGGAAAGAAAGAGCGUGGAGAAUAUGACCGAUCACUUACCCCUUAAAACGUUUAUAAUUGGAGGAAAAUACGAUGAAUUUCAGGACUUCGAUUUAGACAAGAAGGAAGUAAUAGGAAAAACGUUACGAGCGAUCGCGCAUAGUUUAGGAGCUGGACUUCAUUAUUAUUCUUGCAAGGAAAAAAUUCUCUUACGAAAGACGAAAGAUUUGUUGUCUCAUGUCGGAUUUGGAGCUGUUCUCGCAGAAGGGAAAUUCACGAGUUACGACAAACCUCUGAUUAUAUCGCCCGGUGCAGAUUCCUUCACGUCGAUCGACUUGCAAUUACCUUAUUCGAAACCAUCCAUGAUUUUAGACACCAUUAAGCAGACGUUCGUGGUUCGUGUACCGCAAAUAACAAGAAACGACGAAUCUACUUUAGAAGACCCAAGUAACGAUCCGAACUUCAACGAGCCCAUUAUCGAUAAACUGAAAGUUCAAAGAGAAGAGGAGAUUAGCAUUCUUCUCGACGAUAUGCUGAACGGUCGAACACAACAAAUUCCCAUUCCCGAUCCGAUUUAAAUAGAAUUCAAACGAUCGUAAUGGAUAUACAUCGAGAAGAGCUUCAGGUUCUGUACGUAUGUAGAGGAACGAAAAAUUUGUAAUUUUUUAUUAAAUAAAAACUUGAUUAAAAACUAAUAUCUAUAAUCGAUAGGCACACGAGAUCGUUCACACGCUAUAAAAUCCAAAAAGUGUCAGGAUGACGAGAGAUUACGUAAUGGUCGUUAACAAUCACGUUCGUCGUUGUAAAUGGUAGAACAAUCGAUCCGACGAUACUUCGCGUAUAUGUGUAUGUAUAUGCACUAAACUCUCAUCGUAGACCGGUAAUAAAUUUUUUACUUUGUUGGAUCGUAUGUAGAUAGAUAUGUGUAUAAAUGAGGGUAGUUGGUGAAGAAGGUGCAAUGUCUCGGGGCAGUUUAGGAGUUAAUGGGUCAACGAGAAGAUCAUGAACCAGUCGUGAGCGAGAAGCGGUCCGCGGCAUUCGAAGAUCUUGCAAGGUCUCGUUUGAUAUAUUGAAAGGAGAAAGAAUAAAGGGAAGGGGGGAAGAGUAGAAGAGAAAGAUAAAUAUAUUGCAUGGCUUAAUGGUUAAAUGUAACAAGUGAUAGUUAUAUGAAAAUAUAAUUUUAUUUUAUAAUUAUAUAUUAUUAUAUAGAGAUUUUAACGUUAGUAAGAAACUAGUUAAUUGUAUUAAAUACGAGGUGAAAGGAUAAAAUAAAGAUGAAAAAGAGUAAGAAUGAGAGAGAAAGAGAGAGAAUUCGCGCAGACGCAUUGACCGCCGAUGCGUUUAGCUCCCUCCGCGUGGCGCGGUCUCGAUCCGAGUCGUAGACAGAGAGAAAGAGAGAGAGAGAGUUUAGCGGCGUCGGCGUCGGCGGCGGCGUCGUCGUCGGCGCGGCUGAUAAGAACCGACAGUAGGAACGGCGACGCGUGCGCGGCACGAUACGCGGUGCGCUUGCGCUUACGGAGCCUUGGAUCGUCGCACUCGGCCCGUGCUUUUGAGACCGAUAGCGACCGAGAGAGCGCGAGAGUUGCCUUCGUGAGUUGACUCGGCAUCCCUACAAGAACGAAGCGCUAGUCUACUACUCUCUUUGACGAGAGAGACCGCGAAAGAGGAGCUGGAGGAGGAGGAGGAGGAGGACUUUGCGCGGCGUUGUCGUGCCCUCUCCGCUCUCUCUCUCUCUCUCUCUCUCUCUCUCUCUCUCUCUUUCUCUCUCUUUUUCUUUCUCUUUUCUCUUUCUGUUUCUCUCUCUCCCCACCUUUCUCUCUCUCACGUUCAUCAGUGAAAAUGCCGCUUCGAUAGAACCUCGCGCGUGUCCUGUAGUCUUCCCCUUUCUCUCUCUCCUUUUUCGUUCUCUCUUCUUCGAUUUUGGAUCAAUCUAUCUAUUCGAUCGAACCUCUUCCUAUCUCUUCUUUUUUUCCCAUUUUUCCAUUUUUCUUUUUCAUUCAAACUCCUUCUUUUCUUCACGUUCCACUUCGUUUUACCUGUUUUCAUUCCACUCUUUCUCCUUCGAGUGCGUCGAGAUCGGAUCUACUACGACAACACCACGAGGUUUCAGCGCGCGAGUGAGUCCUUACACAG